GAACCUGCAGACCCGGCGCAAAGUAGAAACUGAAAGUACAUUGCCGCGGAUCCUACGGAAGUUAUGGGAAAGGCAAAGCGCUGAGCCGGGCGGUGGUGUGUGCCGCCCCCCCGGGGAUGGAUGAAGCAGCAGGCGCGGCGUGGGUGAGAGGAACCAGUGGCAAAGGCGGCCCGCCUGCACCGACUCCCGGCACCUGCGUGAAGGCCAGGGUCCUGGAGGUGACCAUGGGCGGUGAGAGCCCGCUCCUGCUGCAGCUGCGGUCAUCAUGACCACGCCCGCCUCCGCAGACCAUGUUCCAUGUUUCUCUUAGGUAUAUCUUUGGAAUUCCUCCCCUGAUCCUUGUGCUGUUGCCGGUAGCGUCACCUGAUUGUGAGAUCGAAGGUAAAAAUGGUGAAGAGUAUCGGCACGUUCUCACGGUCAGCUUCGAGAUCCUGGCACCGAUAGGAGAAAAUGAUAGCAAUUGCCUGAAUAAUGAACAUAACUUUUUUAAAAAGCAUUCAUGUGAUGAUGAUAAGGAAGCUACGUUUUUAAAAACUGCUGCUCGCAAGUUGAAGCACUUUCUUAACACGAAUAUCCAUGAGGAAUUAAAGCACCACUUAUCAAUAGUUUCCCAGGGCACAUUAAAACUGUUGAACUGCACCAGGAAGGACAAAGGAAAAAAACAAGCUUCCCUGGGUGAAGCCCAACCCACUAAGAAUUUGGAAGCGAAAAAAUCUUUAAAGGAACAGAGAAAACAGGAUGACAUGUGUUUCCUAAGGAUGCUACUACAACAGAUAAAAACUUGUUGGAAUAAAAUUUUGAGAGGCACUAAAGAACAUUGAAAAAUAUGGAGUGACUAUGUAAAAACAUGUGAACUUCAGUGUAUCCAUCAAGAAUCUGUCUGCUCAUGCAGUUUUGGGGGGUAAAAUGCCUUCUAGAAGUUACUGAAUGUAUCCUGGUCUAAAUGGAUUAGAGCAAUUGAGAAAUACAUAUUGUGGUACUAGAAGAUGGCCAUAAACAAUGGAAACCGAAUGCUGCAAUCAACGAACUAUUUCAUAUGUAUGGCGGACAUGUAUCAGCUGGUGUUCAUUUUGCAAGACAAUCCAUGUAAGGUAUUAGUUGCAGCAAUACUUUUUAAACCUGUUAAAAAUUUUCAGAAGAAGACAUAUGUAAUCUGUGAAGUAUAUAAAAGUUACAAGGAUUAAAAAUUAACAUUGCUUUAUUAUCAAAAUAAUUUUGUGGCCUACUAUGCAUCAAUAUACUGCAAUGAGAGUGGAAAUUGUCAUCGUCUGUGCUGGAAAUGUUUCAGAGUUAACAGUGAGAUACGGAUAAUGCCCAGGCGAACGAGAGACAUAAAGCAACACCAUAAAGGAGUCCAAGAUACUUAAGAGAGGUACUGAGAUGUGAUUAAACAUGAAUGUAUAACACAGUACCUCCAAUAAUGGCAUAGCAAAUGUUUUAAAAUGAAAAGAAAGAAUAAUUUCACAGAAUAGAAAGUCACCUGUUCUAAGAAUGCUAAACCGUAGUACUGAGUUUCUUCUGUCAUUUAUGUGUAAUAAAACUUGUCUAAAUGAGUUUGCAAUUUGGAAAGUAUAUUUUUAAAAGAAUAAUAUAUGAUGGCCUUUUAAUUAAUGGAAUAUGUGUAUUUAAUUUUGACACUAUAUAUAAAAGUAUUUUCAUACAGUAUUACAAAUUGCUUACUUUGUAUAACAUUUCUCCU